CUUUUAUCUCAUUGCACCCCAAUUUAGUAUGAAUAUUUUAAAGAAACAAUCCUCAAGGGUCAUUGGCCGUCGUACCUGGAUGAGUACUGCCGGCAUCGAACGCUCUCACCGCGCUAUUCUUUUUCCAGGUCAAGGUUCUCAAUAUGUAGGCAUGGGAAAAGAUUUAUACAAUCUCUACCCGAGAUCAGCUAAACUUGUUUUUGACGAAGCUGAUGAAGCACUUGGUACAGGUUUACGUGCACUUAUUUUCGAAGGACACCAGGACAAGUUGAAAUUGACACAAAAUGCUCAACCUGCUAUUUUAACCACAUCCAUUGCCAUGCUUCGUGUCCUGGAGACCGAAUUUGGAUUUGAUAUCUUUAAAGCUUGUAACCAUGCAUUGGGUCAUUCUUUGGGUGAAUACACUGCCUUAGUCGCUACACAAUCAAUGUCAUUAACGGAUGCGGUACGUCUUGUGCGAUUACGUGGCGAGGCUAUGACCAGAGCUGUGGCUGACCGCAAAGGUAAAACUGCCAUGUCGGCCUUGGUCGUACGAAAAGACAAAUUAGCCGAUUUAGAAAAAGCCAUGGAGGAAAUUAAGGCAAAUUUACCUGAGAACGAAUUGGUUCAAUUAGCAAAUAUAAACAGUUCUUUUCAAGUGGUAAUUAGCGGGACAAGUUUAGGUGUUGAUCAAGCUUCUCGUAUUUUACAAGAACGCCGUUUUGCUGCCAGAGCUGUCGAUUUACCUGUAUCAGCACCCUUUCAUUGUUCCUUAAUGAAGGAAGCUGCAGAAGUAAUGGAGGAUGCGUUAAAGAGUGUAAAGAUUGAAAUGCCCUGUGUGGAAGUCAUAUCCAAUGUCACUGCAAAGCCUUAUACGUGUGCUGAAGAAAUUCCAAAACGAUUAGUAGAACAAGUGACAGCCACUGUUGAAUGGGAGCGUAGUAUAAAUUAUUGUAAGAGUCAAGAUAUUAACGAUUUCUUAUGUUUCGGGCCCGGUAAAGUGUUGGCCAAUUUAUUAAAGAAAGAAUACCCCUUGGAUAAAAUUAAGAUCUCCCAGACGAGCCAUCCUAUCAUUAAGAUAGUCACACAAUUUUCUCUCCAAAUCGAGUUUACUGGGCGAUUGCCGAUUUUGACUUUUAUUAAAGAGGUUAAACAAGAGGAAAACGAUGUGUCCGUGCUACCUGAUAAUCCACGAUAUGUUCAUGACAAUCCACGCGAAUUUAAAGGGCGUCUUGGUUAUGCAUGCAUAAACUCUUAUCUUCGAAAGCAGAAACCUUCAGUGUUUAGUGCUAGAACAUGUCGUUUAGACACCGUGGAGAAAAAGGGAAUGGACUAUGUCAAAGAGCUCGUAUUUAUGAAUAUUGCAGAUUUGAAAACAAUGAUAAAGUGGAAUGAAGAGAACGGCAUUAAAUUCAUGCGCAUUUCAAGUGACAUUUUUCCGUUUGCAAGUCAUGAUAAAGCUGGUUACAAUAUAGAUUUUGCAAAAGAGGAAUUGGCAGAAGUUGGUGAAUUAGCCAAAAAGUUCAAUCAAAGAUUGACAAUGCAUCCUGGACAGUAUAACCAACUCGUGUCUAAAACGCCCAAGGUUGUGGAUAAUACCAUUCGUGAAUUAGACUAUCAUGCUCAAAUGCUGGAUUUAAUGGGUCUGGAUCAAGAUUCAAUCAUGAUUAUUCAUAUGGGAGGCGUUUAUGGUGAUAGAGAUGCCGCUUUAGCUAGAUUUGAGGAAGAAUAUAUCAAACUGCCCGAAAAUAUCAAACGGAGAUUGGUGUUGGAGAAUGAUGAAUAUGGUUACUCUGUAUCUGAUCUUUUACCCAUUUGCAAAAAACUGGGAAUUCCUUUGGUUUUAGACUGGCAUCAUCAUCAUAUUAACCCGGGUAAUAUCACAGAUCUAGUUAGUCUCCUACCUGAAAUAAAUAAAACCUGGACUGAUAAAGGCAUCAAACCCAAACAACAUUACUCCGAAUCAAGACGAGGUGCUGUUUCCUCCUCAGAAAGAAGAGCCCAUAGCGAUAGAGUAGAGUUUCUACCGCCUACCACCGAUGAUGUUGAUUUGAUGAUCGAGGCCAAGGAUAAAGAGCAAGCAGUCUUUCACUUGUAUAAGAAAUACGGUUUGGGACCUGUGAAUGAUGAGGUCUGGAUACCCGCAGACAAGAAUCUUGAGACUACUGAAACAAAAGGUCGUAAGAGUGUUAAAUCCGCCAAAAAGAAAAAAGAAGAGGAGGAUUUAAAAUUGGAAGAUUUGGAAGACGUAAAGCCAAAGAGAACUCGUAAAAGAAAGACAGAAGAGGCCAAACCCCAAGAUCUCAACUCAGGUAUCGUAACGAAAGAAAAGAUAUCUCGCAAGAGAGUAGUGACGCCUAAAAAAGAAAUCGUCAAAGUAGAGCUGGAAAUCAAAAAGGAAACGGAUGAAAUUCUCACAGAAGUCAAGUUCGAGGGUAGAGUGACAAGACAGCGGACUAAACAACAGCGUGAUUAGAUUAUAUCGUGAUAUCAUACAUGUACAUUUAUUGUAAAAUAAAACCAUGCUUUUUUAUAUAUAUAUAU